AUGUACCAAAAAAUCUCCUUGUUAUUUGCCUCCGGCGCUGUGUGGAUUGCGCUGAAGCUUCUUCUGAUGGGCAGGCGAGACAAGAGCCUACCACCUGGCCCACCGACCAUCCCAAUUCUUGGAAAUAUUCACUUGCUCCCUUAUCGAUUUCUUUUUCUCAAACUCACAGAAUGGUCCAAGGAAUACGGUGGCAUUUUCUCGGUGAAAGUAGCAAACGAAACGAUGAUUGUACUGUCAGAUGUAACAAUUGUGAAGGAGCUGCUAGAAGACCGGGCAAAUGAAACGUCCAACCGGCCUGUUCUGCAUUCGUUAAACGCCAUAACUGAAGGCAACUAUUUUGCUCUUGACAUAUACACCCAUAUAACUCGAUUUAACUUCGCUUUGGUAACAUCAGUGAUCUUUGGAAAGCCCGAAGCAGGAUGUGAUUCACCCAACGUUUCUGACUUCUCCAACUACUUCCGUCAUUUUGGGAGGAUGGUAGCCCCCGAUGCUGCUCCCGUCGACUUGAUACCCAUUCUAAAAUAUAUUCCAGAGGCAUUUGCACCAUGGAAGAAGCUCUGGAAGAAGACGCGGAUACUUCAGCGAAAAUUAUUCUUCUCUCUACUUGCAUUAUCAGAGAAGAACUACAACGCUGGACUAGGAGAUGGAUCGAUUGUUGAAAAUAUUUUAGCAAAGCAGUCAGAACUUGGUCUGAGUCGGGAGAUGAUUGCGUACAUUGGGGGAGUCAUGAUGGAUGGAGGCACUGAAACCUCCGCGUCCCUCAUGCAGUCGUUGAUUAUUUCCCUGCUCAAAUCUCCUGCUUCGGUAAAAAAGGCGCAAGAGGAAAUUGACAGUGUUGUUGGUCAAGAAAGGCUUCCAAAGCCCCGCGAUAUAGAAAACCUACCAUUCAUCGCAGUAGGCCUGCCGUACCGUCCGGCGCACCUCAUACAGCGUCCCAAGACUGUAAAUAUCGAGGGUACAUCAUCCCAAAAGGAGCUCCAAUCAUUAUCAACACAUUUAAAUCUUUUCGAACGGCCGGAUGACUUCUGGCCAGAGAGAUUUCUACUGGCCCCCGACGGAACAAAACCAGGCCUUAAAAAAGGCUAUACUACCCGCCCAAAUUUUGUAUUUGGAAGUGGCAAGCGCAUAUGCCCCGGGAUUCACCUCGCGAACUCGAACAUUAAUCUUGCCGUGAUGCGUCUUCUUUGGGCAUUUAAUUUUUCUCCGACUGAUGGUGAUUCGGCACAAAAGCAGAUGGGCAUACAGGAUGAAUACAAUGAUGGGAUCAGUUUAUCGCCUAAACCAUUUAAGUGCAGGAUUACUCCCAGGGAUAAAUUUAGGGUGGAUAUAAUUGAAGAUGCAUAUAGUACGCUUGUAUCCACUACUUAG